CAUAAGUCCUCUGCUUGCAAUGCGUGGACAAUGUCUGCGGCUCUGAGACUUAUCAGGAGAAUGACGACCCGGAGGAUAACGCUAGCAGCCUUUUUGCUUUUCAUCACAACAUCUCAAUGUUCAAUGAGAAAUGAUUCCCCAUUUGCACUCACUAACAAAGCCACUGCUUCGUGUUUGGUGAAAAGAUCAGUCCGCUGCCUUGAAGUGCGCUGGACGACUGGUGAUCGUCUUUUUGUUACCUCAAGCAAAAAGUGCCUUGGUGCUCAGGGCAAAAGUGUGGGGAGUGAAGUGAGCCUCUACGAUUGUAACAACAGUGACCUACAAAAGUGGGAAUGCAAGAAUGAAACACUGCUUGCCCUCAAAGGCCAAUCGCUCUACAUUGAAGUCAAACCGGAUGAUUCAAUUGCUCUCUCCAGAACUGUCGGGCCCAAUAACAAGCUCACCAUCACAGGGACAGCCAGCGGUGCUUGUUCAAGAACAUACAGAGAACUUUACACCCUUGAAGGCAAUGCGUUUGGGAAGGUCUGCAUGUUUCCCUUCAUGUACAAAGACCGGUGGUUUGGAGACUGCACUACAUACGACUCCUCGGUAAAGCGUCAAUGGUGUGCAGUUGAAACAAAAUAUGAACAUGAACGGUGGGGAUACUGCCCUACUAAUUCCAAUGAACACUGGGCGAAGAACAUUGUCACAGGAGCGUUUUACCAGAUCAACACACAGUCGGUUCUGACUUGGGCCCAGGCUGAUGCCAGCUGCAAACAGCAGGCGGCCAACCUGCUCAGCAUCACAGACCCUCACGAGCAGGCGUUUGUCUCAGCACUAAUGGGAUCAGGGAAACUUCAACUGUGGAUCGGGCUGGUCCUUGACCAAGAUCAUGGCUGGCAAUGGACGGAUUCGAAGCCCUUCUGUUAUCUGCGAUGGACUGCAGGUAAUCCACUUCCUAAUCCUGGACACAACUGUGCAUUUCUUGACUCUGCUGGGCAGCACACCUGGCAAAGUUCAUCCUGCGGCAAGAAACUGAGCUACGUCUGCUACAAACCCGGGGUCCCUCCAACUCCUCCACAAAUUGAGCAAGGAUCUUGUCCAGACCCUUGGAUUCCCUACAAUGGACACUGUUUCCACCUUAAGCGGACAGCUCUAAUGUGGACUGAUGCUCAGAUAGAUUGUCGUAAUGAAGGAGGGGAUCUAGUGAGCAUCCGCAACGUGGAGGACCAAAGCUUUAUCAUCUCGCAACUUGGAUAUGCACCCACUGAUGAGCUUUGGAUUGGGCUGAACGACAGGACGACAGAGGGGCUGUUUGAAUGGAGCGACCACUCCACUGUCAGUUACACCAGCUGGGAGUUUGGGAAACCUACUGUUUCCGCACAUACAGUCAACUGCGUUCUGAUGAAGGGAGAUAAUGCUAACUGGGCGGAUAACUAUUGUGGAGAUAAACAUGGUUUUAUCUGUAUGAAGCAAAGCUCCUCAGAAACCAGCCCGGUAAAAGUAGAUGUGGACAUUGGCUGCGAAGCUGGUUGGAAAAGACAUGGGUCCUAUUGCUACUUCAUAGGAACGGAGACAAAGACGUUUGAUGAAGCGAAAGAUGCCUGCACGACCUCAAGCUCCUACUUAGCUGAUGUUUCCAAUGGAGUGGAUAAUGCCUACCUCGUCAGUUUGGUUGGGUUGAGGCCAGAGAAAUACUUCUGGCUCGGCCUCUCAAACCAGAAAAACAUUGAUCAAUUUGUGUGGACCAACUCAGACACGGUGAAGUUUACUCACUGGAACGCUCAAAUGCCAGGUUACGAAAAAGGCUGUGUUGCCAUCACAACUGGGAUAUUGUCUGGACUCUGGGAUAUGCUGCCCUGCACCAAUACGGAGAAAUACAUCUGCAAACAUCUGGCACAGGGGGCAGUUUUAACCCCUGUGCCACCCACUCAAAGACCUCCUGAGUGUGAGGAGGGUUGGAAUCGAAUUGGAACAAGAAACUUCUGUUCAAAGUUUUUCACAGGGCCUCGUGCAAAUGAGAAGACCUGGUUUGAGGCCAGGGAUUAUUGCAAGGCCAUUGGAGGAGACCUGCUCAGCAUCCACAGCUCAGCUGAGCUGGUUGUGGCACGACACGGAAAAGCCUGGAUUGGACUUCGUAUUCCUGACCCUGUCUCUGGUUUUACAUGGACUGAUGGAUCACCGGUAAACUUCCUACACUGGCAGGAAGGAGAGCCCAAUAAUCACAACAAUGAUGAAUCUUGUGCUGAGUUCAGGAUUCACAACUGGGAUGAGUCCGGGUCUUGGAACGAUGUGAACUGUGAAUUGUUCAAUGACUGGCUGUGUCAGAUCCGCGCAGGAGUGACACCAAAGCCACCUCCAAAUAAUACUGUGGUGGCAUUUAACACGACAUCUGACGGCUGGCUUGUGUGGAGAGGGAGUCAGUAUUAUGUGAACGGAAUGGUAAUGUCCAUGGAGGACGCUCGUCUCUUCUGUCAGCAGAGGCAUGGGGACUUGGUGUCCAUCAACAGCAAAGACGAAAAUGUCUUCCUAUGGAAACAGAUUUCCAGAAGCUAUGGGUCCUAUUAUAUAGGUUUGUCAGUCGAUCUUGAUAGGUCAUUUUGGUGGAUGGAUAAUUCUCCAGUGGGGUAUCAAAGAUGGGAUGAAAAUCAACCAAAUGAUAAUUCCUUUGAUGAGAGCUGUGUUACUAUGACUUAUUACAUGGGCUUCUGGCGUACUGUUAAUUGUGGCCAGGAGCAACGAUCCAUCUGUAAACGAGGAGGCUCUCCACCCGUCAACAGCACUGCUGCCCCCAAAGUCCCUCCUAAAGGUGGCUGUCCACUCAAAUGGACCAAAUUUGACUCAAAGUGUUACAGUAUUAUUAGCAGUCGAGUGGCCACCUGGGAGGAAGCAAGGAGACAGUGCAUUACCAUGAGAGGCAAUUUAGCGUCAAUUUCCACAAGACGUGUGCAAGCAUUUUUGACUACUAAAAUGGCUGAAAUAUCAACUACAGACCUGUGGAUUGGUUUAAAUGGUUUGAAACAAGACGGGUUUUUCUGGACUGAUGGCAAAACAAGGCUAUACACCAACUGGGGCUAUUCUAAACAACGACGUCGUCCGGGGACCUUUUAUAAAAGAUGGGAUGAGCAGGAACAAUGUGUUAUGAUGACAAGGAGUCCUGAUCUUGGUACCGGGAAAUGGCUUAUCAAGGGCUGCAAUGACACCAAUGGAUUUGUCUGUCUUCAAAAUCUUGACCCACAUAUCCCGCCCCAACCAGAACCAGACAUUUCUAACAUCUAUGUACAUCUGGGAAAUGACAGCAUCAGAGUUGUGACUAACAAUCUGACCUGGGAGAAUGCAAAGAAGCUAUGUGAAAAUGAAAAAGCAAACCUGGCUAGCCUGCGAAACGAGUGGACGCAGGCCCACGUGGAGCUGCAGGCUAUGCACCUCAAAGCCCCUCUUUGGAUUGGACUGAACAAGAAUCAGACACAAGGGUAUUUUAGGUAUAUUGAUGGCUGGCACCUGAAUAAUGCAGGCUGGGCUGCAGGGGAACCAAGCAGGAACAGGCCGUGUGUGUUCCUUAAUGUGGAUGGAAAAUGGGAGACUGCUUUCUGCAACCAGACCAUGAACAGUGUUUGCAUGAAGUCUUCAGAUUUGCCACCAACAGAGUCAACCAACUUCCCAGGGAUUUGCCCUGACGAGACGAAUGAGGAGUACCACCAGAGUUUUACCUGGCUGCCAUACAAGGGUCAUUGUUAUUUGUUUAUAACAGAGGAAAUUGAAUGGGCAGAUGCAGCUAGCAGCUGUGUCAGGCAUGGUGGAAUCCUGGCUAGUAUCGAAGAUCCAGAUGAGCAACAAUUCAUUCAAAACAAUGUGAAAAUGUUUCAAGAUAGCCACACCGCUUUCUGGAUCGGCUUGUAUAAAACUCAUAAAGGAACAUGGAUGUGGUUGGAUACAACUGUGAUGGACUACACUAACUGGGCUGCAGACGACACUGAUAAUGACUACGCAGAGAUGGCCACCUCGGACGGGGCUUGGAAGACGGGGCGCAGAUGGCACGACAGAUCAUACGUCUGCGAAACACCCAAAGUGAUGCCUUCAGAUCCAGGAGGAAAACCUGAACCCCUGAAAAAGGAUCCUCACAGUCGUGUCCACACCAGUUUGAUAGUCGUGCUGAUAAUUACCGUCACUUCUACGCUGAUAGCCUUUGGAUUUUUCGUCUACAAGAAGGCUCCCCGUCCCACCUUACCCACCUUUGACAAUCCGCUCUACUUCGACAGAGAACGAUCCCAACCUGAUGUGGUCGAUACCAAUAAACUGAUAGAGAAUGCAGAAGAGGAAAACCCUGAGCCUAUUAUAGCUCUGUGAUUUAUAAAGUAGUAAAAUCUAGUGAGACACUGAAUCCCAGGCUCAUGUAUUACACGGUGAUGCUUUGUUUGUUUGUUUUUGCUUUGUUUUGUUUUUUACAAUAUUCAGUGUAUAUUCAGUUAUUUAACAAUAAGUCACUAAGUGUGAGUUUCAAUGGAGUUGGCUAUGUCUGACCUCCUGGAACAGAACAGUUUAGGCUCUAGGAUGUCUCAAUGGGAAUGAUUGUUUUUUGAUUUUGUCUUUUUAUCUGAUUAAAUGUACAUAAUAUAAUUGUUACAUGUUAUGCUUAUGCUCAUUAGAUGCUGUAGAUUGCUUGUGCUCUUAAUAUGAAAAUAAAUCUCACUGCCUGUCACUGUUAAAUAAACAAUAAACUUGGUACUACAUGGUAA